GGUAUUGGUCCUGGAGUUGUUAUAAUAUAAUGCCAGUUUUUGAAAUAUAUAUCAUGUUUGACUUUUAAAUAAUUUUAACAUUACGUUUAAAAAUGCAUUUUUUUAAAAUAUUAUUAACUAGCCUUACGUUUUGCCUUUAUGACUUCGUAGUUGUAUUUUGGCUUACAUUUUGUCUAUUUUAUUUUUGGGUAAAUGUUUUUGAAACGUGAAAACUGUCAUGGCCACAAUGUAUGUGUGUGUAUGUUGCUGUUGCUGUCCAAAUGCAUAAUUUUGACUCCGGUGGCGGCGUGGACUGAACCUACGCUUUGGAAACGGCGGUAAAAGGCAUUGAAGUGUGUUUGGUGCUAUAAGAUGAUGGUUCUAUUUGCGAAUAAAUAAACACAUUAUUAUGUAAACAGUAAUUCAGAAUGGCCGGAAAUAUUUGUGCGGUGUUUGGCUGCAAAAAUUACAACGUUACUAACAGCUGAAAGUCUUUUUUCAGAUUUCCAGCGGACCCAACGCACAGUUUCUCCCGGUUUAAUUAAGGAUUUUUAUUUAAAAUGCAGUCACAUUUUCAGGUGAGAAACUAAUUUUAUACAUACAAUUUACUUCCGUUACUAAAACUAGUUCUUGUUUCCUUAAAAAUAAAACAGCUGGAAAACCAAUUAGAUACUACAUAGGCCUACUACUUGUUCAGUUAUUUUGAUAGAUUAUAUUUUGCACAUAAUUACAUAUCUAUCUUUGACACAUACCUUUAAAUAAAGCCUGAGAACAGUUCUGUAUGAAUAAUAGCAUUAAAUGUGUUUGAAUUUCUAGUUUUGGUAAAAAACAGCACUUAAUUGUGUAAACAUGUUGCCUUUAAUAUGCACGUAAAAUUGAAUUACGCGGGGCUUUCUUCAGUCCACGCCGCUAGAAUGCGCUGCAGUCUGGUGUCUCGCGCUUCGCCAAUGCUAAUUGGCCGGAGUUUCCCAUAUUAUCCUAUUACAAUAUUUGGGUUAUGUCAAAGGACGAUAUAAGGUUAUGUCCAAAAAGAACAAGCAUUGUCAGCAGCACUGCGGUCAUGUAUGGGAGUAAUUAUUUAAAUAGAUCAGAAUUCGAUACACUUGGAGAUAAAGAAUGGUCUGAUGCAGCUAUUGAUGCAUGCUUGGCUUUAGUUUUGAGUGAUGCGAAAUCAGAUGUGGUUUAUUUUCCAAGUAACUUAUUUAAGCAGCUAUCAGACUACCCGGAAUCACGCCAAGACCAAAGUAAUUUCUUAAACACAGUACAGCUUUGUGGUAAACAGUUAGUGUUCAUACCUGUCCAUGUUUCUGGAAACCACUGGACUCUGAUUGUAGCAAAUUUUGUGCAAAAAGGUUUCCUAUAUCUUAAUUAUUUCGGCUACAAAAAAAAUUUAGGACAACUACUUUUCAUGGAAUUUAUAAACAUCAUGUGUGAACAUCAGAUUCACACAGAUGACUUCAUUGAUUUGGAUGGGUGGAAAUUCCUUAACCCUCCAGACCAUCCUAUAGAAAAUGAUUAUAACUGUGGGAUAUUCAUCAUUUUUUUCAUGAAAAGGUUGGCGGAAAAUAUGUGUUUGACUGUUAAAUUUGAUGUAAAUGCUUUUCGCAAAACUUUAAAGGAAAAGAUUAGUGAAUUGUCAAAGACAACAGGCAAAAUUGAAGAAUGGAAUGAGAUUAGCAAUUGUGGUUACCUUCAUGAAAAGGCUAUGAGUAAUGGCUUAUUUCUAAAUUCAUGUUAUUUUAGCGUAGAGGAAGAAAUCGUCCUUAGUUGCUUUGAGAUUGGCAGUUUUAUAACUAAACUUAGAUGCAAUCACUACUCCACAUACAUGGCUGACAGCUUAUUGUCUCAAAAUGCAGUAGAUGCUGGAAUUGCAGUGUUCUUGAGGUUAUUGCGACAACUAAAUGGGGUAAUUUAUGAGAGGAUUUGUUUCAUGCCAAUAUAUGUGGGCUACCUUUGUUUGGAAAGACCAAAUAAUUGGAACCGGGAGUGGUAUGAAGAUGUUUUUGGAAAUCUGCAUACCAAGGAAUGGCCAAUAAUGCCUUACAUAAAGCAUAAUAAUCAUUGGAGCUUACUAAUUGCCAAUAUUCAAAAGAAAGUAGUACACCAUCUGGAUUCGCUGGGUGAGUUAACAAACAAAUUGUGCACAAAUAAAUUUUUAAAAUUUCUGAAGGUAAGAAAUAAAAUGACAAAAAAUGAAAUUGAAGUGAGCCACUGGAAAGAUGAAAACAUGCGCACUCAAAUACCACUGCAAAGUGAUGGAGUAAGCUGUGGUUUGUUUGUAGUUUUCUAUGUAGCAUGUUUCUCAGAAACAUUUGCACCCAAGGUUGAAAGAGCGUGGCUGCAACAGUCAGUUCUAAAACAUUCUGACAGUAUGGUGAAUAUAUGUUUGCAAUGUGGAAACAAGGAGAAUAGAAAGAGCGAUAUGGAAAAGUGGGUAAUGUGUCAUAAUAUGUGUGGCAGAUGGGCUCAUUUCAGACCAUGUUUAAGACAUAUAAAUGAGAGAUGGGAGGUCAUCAACUCUAAUGACUAUUCAUUUAUUUGUGCACUUUGUCAGUUAAACUCCCCAGUCACACACCAGAGGCAAUUAACUUUUGAAACAUACUAAGCAUUCAGCAUACAUACUCUUAGUUAAAAAAUAAUAAACUAAGAGUUUUUGAAAACGUUCAUAAUGUCAUUAACGGUUGUCGCAAAAGUUUCAAGUAACACUAUCUUAAAAAACUAGCCUUAGAAGUAGUUGGAAAUGCUACAAUGAGCCCCAAUUAAAAAAAAAAUUCUAGGUACCAGGAUAUCUGGUUUCCAAUAAGUUUGCUUCAAGUAAAAUUGUUGCUUUUACCUAUAAUAAUGCUAUAAAUGAUAACUAAAUAAACAAUGAUUGUAGGCUCUGUGCAGGCUGGUUUGGCCCCACCUGGCAGAGGGUUCUGUCGCCUGCUCAGUUUGUAACGUAAAUACAAAUGACAACGGCCAAGAAGGCUGGCCAGGAGACAAAGAGGUUCAUUUUCGCUCAUGACCUCUGCUUUGAAAUAAUUAGAUUUAAGUUCUGUACUGAGAACAAAAUUUAUAUUGAAUAAUAUAAACCCUAGGCAGGAUGAAAAAACCUUUUUUUGGAAGGAUGAAAAACCCUGGGUUGGAAGAAAACCCCUUAGAAAAUGACAACCACCUGAUGUGAUGUUAAAACACCUAAUGUGACAAGAAACACCUGAUGUGACGACAAAAUUCCUUUCAUUGCAUAAUUAAUUAUUAGUCUAAACAACCAGAAUUUUAACUUUCAAUGUGCAAACAAUAAAGAAACUAUGCAUGGAAAUGUAAAUAGUGAACAUUAGCACAUAGUGUACUAACAUUGUGAAUAUUUUAUUUUGUAUAUAGUAUAGCCCAUGAAGUUUAUUUAUUUAUGUAUUUAUUUAUUUUUAUUGUGUCAUUGUUAUUUAAAUUAAACUGUGCAUAUGUAAUAAUAUAUUAUGUAAAUCGCCUCAUGCAACCAGAUUAUAUAUUUACUUAAUCGAGGGUAUUUGUAAAUAGGGCAAGUUGGGGCAAGAAUGGAAGGAGGCGGUGGUGGUACCGAUAUACAAGAAGGGGGGUAGCAAAGAGGACCCAGCCAGCUAUAGACCUGUUAGUAUCACGUCGGCGGUGGGCAAGGUGAUGGAGAGGCUAGUGCACAGGCAUGUGGUAGGGGUGCUGGAUGGUAGAAAGUGGAUUGACAGGAGACAGCAUGGAUUUCGAAGGGGAUAUUCAUGUGAAACUCAGCUGGCUGGCCUGUUGGAGGAGCUGGUGGAGGGGGUAGAUAAAGGUCUGCAGAUUGAUGCCUGCUUCAUCGAUUUUGAAAAAGCAUUCGAUAAAGUUCCUCAUGAGAAAAUGAUGAAGAAAGUGGAGGGAGCUAUAAGUGACAGGAGGGUGGUGGGUUGGAAGCAACCGGACACAGAGGGUACGUGUGGAGGAGGAGAUGUCGGAGGAAGGAAGGGUGACGUCAGGGGUGCCGCAGGGCAGUGUGCUCGGCCCACUUCUCUUCACCAUAAUGAUGAAUGAUAUAGGAGAGAAGAUACAAGGGCAUAUUCGGCUUUUUGCAGACGACUGCGUGGUUUACAUGGAUGCGGAGAGGAAUGGGCCACAGGAUGAUCUAUAAAGGCUGGAAGAGUGGGUGGAAAAUAAUGGCAUGAGAAUAAAUGUGGCUAAGACGAAAGUGGUCAGGUUUACCAGGAAGAGGAAGAUUGUCAGGAGGGAAUAUCGCUGGAGGGGAGACGUGAUAAGUGAGGCAGACAGCUAUAAAUAUCUAGGGGUGGUGCUGCAGGGUAACCUGGGGUGGGGGGAGCAUGUAGACAAGGUAGUGAAGAAGAGCAGACAGGCACUGGGCAUGCUGGGACGAGUGCUCAGGGGGGGAAGCAGCAGCAUACGUGACAAGGCCUAUAAAACUAUGGUCCGCCCCAUGCCGGAGUAUGCCGCAGCAGUGUGGGACCCAUACACGGCAGUACUUGAGAGGGAGCUGGAGGGGGUGCAGAGGAGAGCAGCUAGAUGGGUGAAGGGCAAGUGGAGGAGAACGGACAGAGAAGGGAAGGGGGAGUGCAGUACCACAGAGAUGAUGAUAGGAUUGAGAUGGGAGAGCUUAAAGGACAGAAGACAGAAGGAGAGACUGGUCAAGAUGUACCAGGUGCUGAGUGGAGUGGGAGGAUGGGGAGAGCUGGGGAGACAAGCCUAGAAGUAGGAUGGAAAAUACUAGGAAGGUCUUCAAAGAGAGGAGGAGAACAGAAAGGGGAAAGAAUGCGAUGGUCGUGAGGACGGUAGGGGAAUGUAAAAGGCUGGAGGAGGAGUGUGUGUCGGCUGGGAGUGUGGAUCAGUUCAGAAGGAGAGUGCGGGGAAAGUAGGGAGAAUGCUGGCCACCGGGCACUUCUGUACCCAUUUGCAGCUAUAUAUAUAAUAAUAAUAAAUAGAACCACACAGAUUAUUUAUAUACAUUGUGGCAUUAUUCUUUAAUUUAAAUUUUACGUACAUAAUAUUAUAUUAUAUUAUAAAUGCCCUCGUCCAAACAUAUCAUUUAUUUACUAAAUUGAGGGUAUUUGUAACAAGAACCACACAGGUUAUUAAUUUACAUUGUGGCAUUGUUACUCUGUACAUACAUAAUAUUAGAUUAUUAUAUAAAUGUCUUCGUCCAACCAGAUUAUUUAUUUAUGUUGUGGAAUUGUUACACUGUACAUAUGUGCUAUUAUAUUAUCAAAUGCCUCGUCCGACCAGAUUAUUUAUUUACUAAAUUGAGGAUUUUUGUAAAUAGAACACAGAUUAUUUGUUUUCAUUGUGGCAUUGUUGUUUAAUGUGCACUGUACAUAGGUCUACUUUAUUUUAUAUUGUAUACAUGCAGGGUGUCUACUGACCCUGGAAAACCUGGAAAAAUCAGGGAAUAAUCAGGGAAAAAUCAGGGAAUUUUUUGAAAAAUCAGGGAAUUUUUGUUUGGUAGGUUGUAGUUGGCAAUACUUUUUUGUUUAUUGAUCUGCUUGCAUUGACGUAGCAUCAAGUCUAUCGCGUGCCAUUUUUGAAUGGAAAAUAACGAACAGUACCCACGUCCAUUUUCUUUUAUUUACCAUCGGAUUCAAAAGUGGCGUUAAAUCAUGUGAUACAAACUGGUUCAAUCUGGUCUGUUAUCCUGCUAACAUACAUACUGCAGCAUGUGCUUCCCACAUUCGGAUUAUACCGACAGGUGCAUUUAAUUUUAAGUAUCUAUGGAUGCCCUCAACACAAACUGGGCAUUUUUGUUAGCUUUGAAAAUACAUAUCACAGACACUUUUGGUGAAGAUUCGCCAUCAUUGCUAGAAAUUGGUAACUGUGGGCUUCAUACGGUCCAUGGUGCUUUCAAAACUGGAAUUUAUGCUAUACAAUUGGACGUUGUUAGUUUUUUUAGGCACAGUUACUAUUUGUUUAUGCAUGUACCUGCAUUAGAAUAACUGGAUCAGAGCUUUUUCCCAAGAAAUUUUGUGCAAUCAGAUGGAAUACUGCAGUUGCUGAGCAUGCCAUGAAAACGUUACCCCACCUAAAGAAAUUUGUUAGUGAAGUUUCUAUUUCAUCUGUGUCUUUCAGUGUAGUGAAAAGUGCUCUUGAAGAUAAUCUUCUAGAAGUAAAAUUGACAUUCUUCUACUCUUUGGCAUCAGAGCUGGAAUUGUUUCUCACAAUGUUCCAAAGUGAAGCACCCAUGGCACCUUUUCUCUGAUUCACUGGUAGACAUUUUAUUAGCUUUGGCAGGAAAGUUUUUGAAACCAGAGGUACUGAAGAGCUUUAGGGAGAAACGCAAUGUAUCUCGAUUGGAUGUAGAUAACCAGGAAAAUCUAUUGACUGCUAACAAUAUCAAGUUUGGUUAUGCAGUACGCCAUGCCAUCAAGAAAGAGAAAGUACCAGUAAAGUCUGUCCUGUUACUGAAAAAUGAUGUUAGGACUUGUCUAAAGGUUAUGGUAAAAAAACUUCAAGACAAAAGUCCCUGAAGUACAAACUUACCAAGGGAAUUUCCUGCUUAUGUCCGUCUGUGGCUUUAAAUUCGGGUGUGAGGAAACAGCGUGUGAAGUACAGUUUAGAAUGUUGUCUUCAAAACAAGUGGCUAUAAGGACAAGAAGCUGAUAACAUUGAGUGAUCAUAUCAGUUGGUAUGUUCCUCGCAAGAUUCUGAAGCACUGUUCUCGUCUUUUUCUCGAGAAGACUGGCGCCUUGAUCACUUGUUGAUGCUCAUUCUUAAGGCACAUACAGUAGCUGCCAAAACAGGCCUUCUAAAGUUUGUGUGGAUGAUGUUGGUACUUCCCCAUGGAAAUGCAUCAUUGGAAAGAGGAUUUUCAGUGAAUUAUAGUCUGCUGACUGAAAACUUGCAGGAAGAAAUACUGAUCGCACAAAGACAGAUGUACGACUUUGUUCAACGUUCUGGAGGUGUAGAGCAUGUUGAUAUCACCAAGUCCAUGUUACAGUAUGUAAGAAAUGCUAGUUGUAGGCGUAAGGAAGCCCUGCAAACAAAACAAAAAGAAAAAGAAGCUACAGACAAGAAGAAGGCAGAAAAAGAAGAGUUGAAGAGGAGAUCAAGGCAUUGCAGUUGAAGAAGGCUCGAGUGUUGGAUUUGGCUUGUUCUGAAGCAAGUGCAAUAGACGCAAAAGUUGAGUCACUGCGAAAUUGAUGGGAGCUUCCUUUUACUUAUGUUUUUGCAAAAGUAAGUGUGUGAAAUAUUUGUAGCAGCAUGUUUUUAUUUGCCAUCAAUUGAGUCACUUUGGCCACGUCUGGAAGAAGGUAUUUUUUUUACUAAUUUAAGUGAGUUGAAAUACUUUGAAACCCGUCAAUGUACUGUAACGCAGUUUUUUCAGUUUCGUGGAAUGUCGUUAUUGUGUUACAGAAAACCUGGAAAAGUUCAAUUUUAGACCUGGAAAACCUGGAAAAAUCAGGGAAUUUCAUUUACUAGAUCUGGUAGACACCCUGUACAUGUAAUCUUAUAUUCAAAAAAGAUAAUUUAGCUAUCAACUUUGAGGGGAAAAAAUAAAAAUUAAUUUUAAGUGUUGGAAAACAAUGUAAGUAAAGUGAUGAAAUAAUCAUUACGUGCAUCACUUAGUCAUAUUUUAGCAUACAUAUGAAUGUUUUGUAAGCUCCCAACUCUCCCACCCAUCAGAAAAAUCUUAUUUCCUUAUAAAAAUGUAUCAAGUUUUAUUCGUCCAAAGUUCAAUAUUUUUUUUAACAUACUUGAUUAAAAUUGCAAUAUUUUUGUUAAAGUAUAUGGUUUAAAAGCACAUACAUAAUUUUGAUUUCUAUGUAGCCUUUGUUUAUCCCGUCAAUGUGUCAUGCAUGUACAUUGUAUGCCCAUUGGCCUUCAAGGGAAAGACAGUUAUCCAGUGUGUGGGGGAACUUUUGAAGCUUUAUUUUGUACUAAAUAGGCCCCACACACACACUAAAACGUUGGGCUGAAUAAAACUGUGUAAUAAAUUAGAUUUCUUGAUUGUGUGGCUCUUCACUGGUAAGUCACAAUUAGGUGUUACUUGAUUGAUUUGGAACAUACAUAAAUAUACACUGGAGUAGGUGAAAUCACAAAUGACACAACACAACACUUUGAAUAUUAAAUAUAGAAUUAUUUUAUUCCAAGGUAAAACUAUUUCAAAAUUUCAAUCUUAUUAAUAUAUUUAAUUAUUAUUCAUAUCCAAAACAACAACCUAACUUAACGGUGACAUCAUAGUAAUUCAAUAAAAUUUCAAUUACCAGGAGUUAUGUUGCGCACAUUUAAAUAUUUUCAAAAGUCUUAAUUUGGGUUCGUUGACACUACACAGUUUUUAAUUAAUGUUUUUAGGGAACUUAAAUCAAUUUACCUCGGCUAGUUAGGUUCAAACAGUUCAUCGGCAGAGCUCAGAGCCUCUCAUCUAUAGGACCACUGAGUCUGUUAAUUAAUGUGUAAAUUCGUAAAAUUUAUCUCCAAGUAUUAUCUAAAUCAUCUAUAAAGUCAAUUUAAUUCAUGAAAUCAAUGUUUAUAAUAAGUUUCGGCGACGAUGUGACGUAAAAACGGGAGUUUCGUGAUUCGUGCAUAAGAUUAGGGCACAAAAAUCUGGGCACUUUUAUUACUCACGUUAAUCACUCCUAUGAUAUUUAUCUUUUUAGAUAAAUCCUAUUUAAAUGUUCUGAACUCCCUAAUGUACAUAAUUAUCAUCCACUAUCCGGGAUGCCUGAUGCUAGAUAGCUAAUUUUCAGGAUUUAAAAUCGCCGACGUCACGAAGUUGCCGCUCAUUCAGCUGGCCAUUGUAGAACUCUCUUUCUUACUAGUUUCCUCAAAAUAACCAGUAAGACUCACUUUUAAAUGGUGGCCCGUGAUUGGCCAAAAGGACCGUUUCAGUCACAUAAUUUCUUACCGAAAACGUAAACUCCGAACGCAACAAUUGCGCGGAUAACAAAAUUUCACUUAAAAUUUAAAUACAUAAAUAUUAAAAUUAUAAUUUACAUUAUAAAAUUACGGCGUUAAUUUUACCGUUUACAGUUUUCAAGUCCAUUAGUCCUUAGAGGGGUAUCAACAAUACCUCGUUCAAAUAGUCCGGUAAAAAUCCAAAGAAUCACUUUUCCAUAGACAUACAUAACCAAAUAUUGCCGUUUCUGAAAAUAAAUGAUAUUAUACAUAGAGCGAACAAAAAUAAAAUAAAUCGUAAAUAAUAAUAAAUAAUUAAACUGUCAAAACAAACAUGUUGCAGUACAGAUUUUGCCGCCCUUGUCAAUUACAUUGAACAGUGCUCUUUGACCUGUUCAAAACGGUGCAAUGUGAUUGGCACUUCCCUUUCUCCGUCGCACAAUACACAACACUCUUCGUUGCCUAGCAACGCGCGCACCAAACGACAAACAAAAAAAACAACUUGAGAGAGACUACCUCUCCUCCUCGAUUCGUUUUUUACCGUUGCGCGCCUGAAAAUCGCGCCUUUUUAAACACUUUUUGUCGGGUCGUCGCUGCUAACAGACCUGCGCGAAGAAGUUCACUGAUUUUGCAGUGCAAAAUCUUCGAAGGCUGGAACUGCUGCUGCUCUCCGACAGCUUCUGCCUUGAGCCGCUCCUGUUGAGAAGGACUCGGGAGGACUUACUUACUGUGAGUAUGAUUCACUAAAAGGAUUCGAAGGGGUGCAAUGUACACGCGAGUCAACAAUAGGACGUUCUCCAGGUCACGUCACGGCAGUGGGUCAACGUCCACCUGCGGUGAUUACUGCAUCCUGGCUGCGACUCCUCCUUCCUGCAGCGGACAGCGGCGUCGAGACGGCGCCUGUCCUCAAAACGACCAACAAACCUGGCCUGGUUCACCACGCGUCGACGGGGUCUGGCGUGGGGCGAUGAUGCUGUACCAAACAGCACGGCAUCUGGCACUGCAGCUGACGUCAUCAACUGCUGAUGUGGCAGCAUCCAGCCGCCCUGCCUCACGACUACGCGCGAGACGGCGUCGUGGCGUCUGCGGUGCUGAUUGCGUGGGGCGAGGUCACCACUUCCCACAAGGAAGCACUCGUCUAUUCCCAUCACUGUUAGGUACACAAUCGUUGCGAACCGCACUAUGUCUAGCUCACUCUGGUGUAACCUUCGCACCUGACUUAAGUAUAGGUGUCCGGGUCUUAAUCGAUAACUUAAUCACUAUGUGCGUACUUGUACUCUUGCAAAUACAAGUGUCUGCAGGCAAUACAACUUGUGUACUUGCCGCGGAACACUAUGACGUCACCGUUAAAACAAAAAUAUCUUAAAUUAAUCUUAAAAUUCCUAGCUUAACAUAUAACAUUCACAUUAUUAACAUCAUUGUUAGAAAAAAAUAAA